AUGGCCACCACGGCGCCCCUCAGCACGAAGUCGAAGCUCGUCGGUCCAGGAUCCUCGCUCAGAAUCACGCCGUCCAACUCGCCCGUGCUGCGACCGGGGGCUCGAUCACCGAGCAAGCCGUCUCAUAUCUCUGCAUUGUCCCUCCAGACCGUGCUGGGCACCACCAGCUCAACGCCCAAUGGCUUCUCCAGCCAUGAAUCGAGUCGUAGAUUCGCACUGUGUGCGGGCUCCGCCGCCGUCCUCGCGGAAGUCGACGAUGACGGCAAUGUGUCUCAGCGAUUCUUCCGAGCCCGUCCAGCAGCAACGAGCAUCAAUCCCACCAUCUCCUUCUACAAUCAAUCCACUCCGCCAGUGACUCCAGACCCUCGCUCACGUUCCCUCGCCCACAUUCGUUCAAACCCACAUCUCACACUGCCCAACAGCUCACCAUCAAAUGACCCGGCGGAUAAUGGAAGUCCGCGCACGUGGUCCUCGCGAGAGAGGGUCAAGGCCGUGACAUGCGUCGCAAUUAGCCCCAAUGGCCGGUUUUUGGCUGUGGGUGAGACUGGAUACAAUCCGCGAGUGCUUCUUUUCUCGACCGCCUUGGAUUCUUCGCCUGACGUGCCACUGUCCAUCAUCACGGAACACACCUUUGGAGUUUGCAGUCUCGCCUUCAGCCCAGAUUCGCAGUACUUGGCCACUCUCGGCAAUCCCAAUGAUGGGUUUCUCUUCAUCUGGUCCAUCAAUUUGAAGAAUGGGCUUGCCAAACUGCACUCUACAAACAAAUGCACAUCAAUUGUACGCGAGAUUCGCUGGGUGGGCCUGGCGUUGGUCACUGUCGGGGUCCGUCACGUCAAAGUUUGGAGGCUGCCGAUUAUACGGCCCGCGUCGCCAACAAAGUCCAGGUUGAUCGUUGAUGGAACUUCGUCAUCCAGCCCGGUUCCCAAAGCUCUUUCGGGGCGAAAUUGCAUUCUUGGACAACUGAGUGAUCACACGUUCACAUGUAUCGGCGGCAUCUCCGAACGAGAGGCUGUACUGGGAACUGAAUCAGGCGCCGUCUGUUUUCUGGACGACCGUGAGGCGUCCCAGCGGUUAUCCGUGGCCAGACAGGUAGACUUUGCCAUCACCUCCGUAGCGGUGGACCUGGACCAAGAGACAAUAUGGAUCGGCGGCCGUGACAGGCGAGUGCAACGCCUCACUUUUGAAGAGCUGCGAUCUCCGUCACCUGAUUUAUCUGUCCCUCCAUCCCGGACCGAUAAAACAGCAAUGACCAGAAACGCCAGAAAUCCCGCGCUUGUCUGCAUGGGCGCAGUCUCGUCAUACCUGGUCACGGUAGAAGCAACGCGAGAGAUCCAGGUCUACCCCAUCACGGAUCUUCCAGAGGAGGGCGAGCUGGACCGCGGAAUAGCUUGCAUAUCAGCACAUCGAGACCCUGUCCUGGGCAUCCGUGCGCUCAGAACGCCCAACAUCCUGGGAGCAGACAUUUUUUCAUGGUCUCGCAAUGGUUCAGUGAAUUUCUGGGACUUGAGUGGGAAGUGUCUUCUUUCGAGAACAGUGACAGUAGAGCAAAGCAUCGCUGGAGAAGAGGAUGUCUCGAACGAAUUGAAGGUUCUGAGGGCGUCAGACAAUGCAGAUUGGUUUGUGGCCGGGGACAAAUACGGAGUUGUCAGACUUUAUCUGGGGGGAAGUUGGGAAUGCACUGAGGAAAUACGUGCCCACGGGGCUGAGAUCACAGAUCUCGCUCUUCAAAAGGUGGAAGACUGCUGGCUGGUGGCCAGUGCUGGCCGUGAUCGAAUGGUGCAGCUGUUCCUGAAAUCCGAGUCGAACUUGCAGCUGACGCAGACCAUGGACGAACAUGUGGGUGCCGUGGGACAGGUUCUCUUUCUCAACGAUGGUCAAAAGCUCCUUUCGAGCUCUGGAGAUCGCACUGUCGUCAUCCGCGAGCGUGCGACCAGGGAGGAAGAGGGCAUCACAUGUUUUGCCUAUCUGAUCACCAAGGUCAUAACUCUGAAGGCGUCGCCUGUAUCCAUGGCCUUGAGUCCCGAUGACUCGAAUACCCUAUACAUCUCAAGCAUGGACCGCUGCAUUUUUAAAUUCGACAUUCCGUCUGGCCGGCAACUACACAGCUUUCGUGCCUCGGACUCCGAGGCAAAUGACGCGGUGGUAAUGAGCUCCUUGAUAAUCACAACUGAGAUCCCCGACAAGUGUCCCAAGCUUCUCAUUGGGGUUUCCACCACCGACAAGUCGAUUCGAGUAUAUGAUCUGGAAAAAGACUGUUUGCUCACCGGUGAAUUCGGGCACACGGAGGGAGUCACCGAUGUGCUCCUUCAGCAGCCGUAUAACGAUUCCGACAGUGGUCAACCGGGCAAGCGAAAUUUGAUCACUGCUGGUCUCGACGGACUGUUGAUGAUCUGGAAUCUGUCCGUGCAGCCAUGUUUCUCUCCUGAAAUUAAUCAAGCGUUUCGAGACGAUGAUGGCCCGGUCAAAGAACCGGCCGCAGCUAAGCCACCCCUGCGAAAAGUGCUUUCGCGAAGCGAGCUAGCUGGCUUCCAGCGGCCGGACAUUUCCAGUCCCUUGGGGACACCAACACCAGCUCGUGCAUAUUCCCCGACGCUGGCUAGAAAAACAUCCAGACUUUCUUUGAACCCGUCAAUUUCUCAAAAAGGCGCCCGCACCGAGACACCCUCGCCACCGUACUCUCGCUCUUCAACCUCCCUGGCUCUGAACGACACAAUGCGACGAUCCCCGUCGCCAGUCAGUCCCCGGACGAAGUCUCAUACGCCCACACCUGCCCAGUCAAGCACCUCAAGAAGCAGCAAUCGCCGCUCUUCAGCGGAGUUCCGCUCGCGAACAAAAACAUUGGGUCGCAGCGACUUUGGUAGUUUGGAUAUGUCUACUGAACAGCUUUGUCGAACUCUACGAGCAUAUCGGAAGAAGCUGCAUGUUUCGAGAAAGCACCCUCAUGCACAGAAGGAGCUCGAGAGAGAACUCACAGCUACCUUGCGAGCCCUUGGCAAUCGAGACAGGAGCGACGAAAGUACUGAGACGGAAACUGACAGUAGCGGCAAAGAUCUGGACAGGCCACCAGAUGUUAGCCAAUCUGUGUCACCGCGUCCAACACGUCAACCACGUCAUGUGCCUUCUACUCCUUCGCUGCGACAGAAAUCCGUGCGCCAGGUCUCAAGGUGCCGCUCUUAUGAUGCCACUGCGGACUAA